AUGGGAUUAGGAACUUUGCUCAAAGGAAUAUUUGAGACAAAUAAUGCAGUUUUGGGGAAUUUCUUUAAAUUAGCCAUUUCUGGAACUAUUCAAGCAGAAGUCAUGGAAAAUCAGCCAAAACAAAACGAGCAACCAACAAGCUCCGCACCACCCAUCCAGAAAAGCGAGGAAGGUCAAGCAGUCAACACUGCUAUGGGCUUGAAAGAGUCAUUGGAAAAGCGAUAUCUAAAAGUCAAAGAGCAUGCAGAAACGUACCCUUAUGUUUGGGCUUCGUACAUUGUUGUAUAUGGUGGCUUUGCUCUCUGGACUACCUAUAGAUGGAGAAAGCUUCGCAAAACCGAGGACAGAGUUAGAGCUCUCCAAGAAAGACUGCGGAAGAAGCAAGCUGAAGCUGAAGAAUCUUCUAGCUCUACCAAAGUGAUUGAAAAGGGUCCUUCUGAUAAGCCUUCCAAAUAG